AUUGUAGAAUUUAAUGAUUGGAAAGAGAGGGAAGAAAUAUGCUCAUCUACUAAAUUUGUUCAACACAGAGGGAUAAAAUUUAAUAAAACUAAAACUGUAGCUACAAGAAAGUACUAUUGUCAUCGUUCAGGAGUAUUUCAUAGUAAAAGUAUGGGGAAACGUGCCUUAAAAAUUACUGGAUCGUGCAAAAUAGAUCAAUCCUGUCCUUCUUUUAUUCGAACAGUAGUCACCGAUAAUAACGUUGUUGUAACUUAUUGUAAGACACAUCAUGGACAUCAGAAUGAUAUAAAAUUUCUCCCAAUUCCUUCUUCUGUUCAGGAAACAAUUGCUGGUAACUGUAACAUUUUAAUUACAUUUUAA